UUCAAAAGCAGCGUUCUCUCUCCUCUCUAUCUUUCUCUCUUAUCUGAAUUUCCCAUCCUUUAUAUAUAUAUAUAUAUAUAUAUAUAUAUAUAUAUUUUUUUUUUUUUCCUCUGAUUUUCAUCGACCCUUUACCAUUUCCCUGCGAGUCCAAUCCGAAAGUUUUUUGCUUUGUGCCCACGCUUUCGAGAAAGCAGCUCCUCUGCAUUUCCGCCAUUGAUAACCCUUCAAAGCUUUCGACGCAGACAAAGCCCAGAAUCGUCCUCCACCGUUAUUCCGGGUUCUUGAUUCUUAGCGCAUCCUUAACCCCAAUUCAAGCAACCCCAGAAUCGGAAUUCCCAAUUCUCCGAUCGUUCAAGGCUUCAAGCUCGCGGUUUCAUCCCCAAUUGCCCCCGGAAAAGCUCGAAUUUUGGCGGCGAUCUUGUUCCGUCGUUUCCUCCUCUCAAGGAAUCCGGAGUUUGGAGUUCUUUGAUCGGUAUAGGUUGCGUUUUUCAUCUUGACUUCCAUUGAAGGCUCGGAGAUUUUCGUUCCCGAUGGCCAAUGUUGAGAACAAUUAUGAAUACCCCGUCAAGCCCAAGUCGUCCAUCUUCAAUCGGUCACUCACGAUGCAGACAAAGCCGAUGGAACCUUCGGCCAAACCGUACCUCAGUAACCCGUCCCUCGAGCGGGGCGGUUCGAUCAAGAAGCUGUACAAUUCGAUCGAGUCAUUCAUGCCCACGAGCAACUCAUUCAAGGGUAAGGUCAUGAAGCUCCGGAAUUUGUUCGAGUCCUCAAGGUCGCCGUCCCCAUCGCCCAGCGACUCCCCCCCACAAUUGCCCUCUAGGCUGAAAUCUAUGAAAUCGAUUGGCUCGAGUCAUGGCAGUAGCUUGCCCAUACGGUUACCGGGCACGGAGGACAGAAUUGUCGUGUAUUUCACUAGUUUACGUGGGGUUCGCCGUACCUACGAGGAUUGCUAUGCAGUGAGGAUGAUAUUUAGAGGAUUCAGGGUCUGGGUUGAUGAGAGGGAUGUAUCGAUGGACUUGGCAUACAAGAAGGAGCUUCAGAAUGUGUUGCGCAAUGAGAAGAUUGUGACUUUGCCUCAGGUUUUUAUAGGGGGCAAGUAUAUGGGCGGAGCCGAUGUGAUCAGACAGCUGUAUGAGACGGGCGAGCUCACGAAGAUCAUCGCAGGGUACCCGAAAAUGGCACCGGGAUUUGUCUGUGAUUCCUGUGGGGACGUGAGAUUCAUGCCCUGCACGAAUUGUAAUGGGAGUAAGAAGGUGUUUGAUGAAGAUGAAGAGGAGCUCAAGAGGUGCUUGGAGUGCAAUGAGAACGGGUUGAUUCGGUGCCCUCAUUGCUGUUCCUGAUAUCGCCCUGAGGCUUCAAUUCGUACUCUUAGGUAGCCAUUGAACUUGAGGGUUGUUUGAUGGGAAAUUACUCUCGCUGCAAAUAAUGUGGUUAUGGUUUUUUGUAGUCGAAUCCACGAAGGGUUCACGAGUUGUUUUUUAGGGUGAACUUCUCAUCAACGGGAAUGGAUGUUCAUCGCCUCAAUGAACUGGAGGUACUAAAUGGUGUAUGUAAUAUGUAAAGACCAAGAACGGCUGUUUUGCCUGUCUUUGUAAACGGGUUGUAGGGAGAUCGGUUCUCUCUUUGUGCGAGUGUCCUGUAAAUACUAGCAAGUAGUAUCAUCCUACCGAAAGGAUUGCCGGUGUUGUUGCUGAUCAAUUGAAAUGAAAGAAGGGCUUGUUUUAUAACCUAA